AUGACCAUUGAGCACCCUCAACAAGAUGAUCAGGGCUUGAAGCAGAACUUAGAGAUCAGGCCCAAAAGCAGCUAUCUCAAGCCAAAGUUGGGUAUGAAAGAGCGAGAUUGCACAACUAUGCCAAGACAAGGAUUUACAGGCCAAAAAAAAUUGGAUAAAAAAGGUCCUUCUAUCCCUUUUUCAAAGUUCAAGCACAGUGCUUUGAACUAUUAUCCAGAUGUAAUGGAGGAAUUCUUCGAAGACAUUGUGGAAGUUGCUACUUACCAGAACGAUCGGCUGUUUCUAGCCGGUGAUGGAAAGAAACCAAUCUAUCCAUGUCUGCAGAUAGUUGCCGCCCUAAUCGCCGGAAACAGGGAUCCAAAGGCCAAGAUACCAUACCUAGGCUGUAACCUGUAUGAAGACCUUGAAAAAUUCAAGCCUUUAUCUGCCUCUGAGCUUGAUAGCAGUAUAGGCUGCUUUAAGUACAUUCAGCGUAUUGAAAAGCGGAAAAUCAAAGACUUCAACAAAGAUAAAAUAACGAUUAUUUCGCCUAGGCACCAUGUUGUGGAUCUUGUGAUGGCAUUAUUUCACGACGAGGAGGUGUCCAUAAUUUGCACGAACUUGGGCAAGGGAAAGCUCUUGUUUUCAGAGGAUAAAUCAAUUGCUCAAGAGAGUGGUUUAUAUUCAAAGAAUCCUAUGACGAGAAAGAUAUGCUACAGUGGUUUUGCGCUGGAGGAUAAGUUGACUACUUCACAUGAAGGCAAAACGGGUCCCUUCUACUCUAUCGUGGAAGGUAAACUCAAUGAUCGUAUCACUCUACUUCUUCGAUGUGAGAUGGAUGCCUAUAACCCGAUCUCUGAGGUGUAUACGGAGCUCAAGUGCUUUGCGAAGCUGAAUGUGCAGGAAAACGCGCAUCGAAGAAAGCUUUUGAAGACAUGGAUCCAAAUCGGACUGAUCCCUCAUUCAGAUCUGAUCAUCGGGACCAGGGAUACGCAAGUCGGACAACUGAACGACCUGAAUUGGUACACUAAAGAUACCUUGUGUAGGAAGUUCAACAAUCCCAGCAUCCCCCAAAAUGAUAGGUAUUUCAACUUCAACGCCAGUAUUGCGGUUGAAUGGUGUUACCAUUGCAUUGAAUCCAUAUGCGAGCUUGUCAUGAGCAAUUCUGGCAAUUCGAUAGACGACCCAUUUCCCCAAAUUGAAUCAUUUAAAAUAACCAUCGACAAGUUACAUAACAUUUCAGUGAAGAAGCUAACCAAGGUUCCCAAACAUGUCCAGGUCCCAGGAAAAUAUCGUUAA